UACACACACAGAGAGAGAGAGAGAGAGAGAGGGCGGGCGAGGGAGAGGCUCCAGUGUUUUUCUGCUCCAGGAAAGUCUUUGAAGGUUUUGGAGUUUUUGGAGUUUUUGGUUCGACAGAGUCAUCAUGGUGACCACUGAGACCCACCAGAGCCAGGACCUGCUGGUCCCCCCCCAGAACCACGACCUACAGGACCCACAGGACCAGCAGGACCAGCAGGAGGAGGACCAGGCCUCCCCCUCAUCCCCCCUGGCAGGAUUUGACCCGGAGAAGAUGAGUCAGGGUCCCGUCAACGCCAUCACGGUCCUGACGCUGCUUGACAAACUGGUCAACAUGCUGGAUGCUGUGCAGGAGAACCAGCACAAAAUGGAGGUGCACCAGGUGGAGAUGGAGGGCGUGGUCAGAGGGAUCCAGGCUGAUAUGACCAAACUGUCCAAGAGUCACAGUCACACCUCAAACACCGUCAGUAAACUGCUGGACAAGAGCCGCAAGCUGUCUGUCACCAUGAAGGAGGUGCGUGAUAGGAUGGAGCGUCAGGGCAUCCAGGUGAAGAAGCUGGAGGCGAACCACGCCCACCUGAUCAGCAGGAACAACUUCAAAGUCCUCAUCUUCCAGGAGGAGAACGAAAUCCCUUCCAGUGUUUUUGUGAAGGAUCCUCCACCGUUCCCUCGUGAUGAGAUCCCAGAGGAAGGGGAGGAACCGGUGCUGGGCGUCAUUGAUGGCAACCAGUCGCAGGAGGGUGGGCUCCACACCAUCGACCUAUCAUCUGACGAGGACGUCGGUCUGGAGGCGGAGAAUGAGGAGGAGGAGGUGUGGCUUCACGACCUGGAGAAUAUGGAGAAGUCGAGGGCAGAGAAACUGAAACGAUCCAGUCUGAAGAAGGUGGACAGUCUGAAGAAGGCGUUCUCCAGGCAGAACAUUGAGAAGAAGAUGACAAAGAUCGGAACAAAGAUCGUGUCUGUGGAACAACGAGAGAAGAUCAAACAGAAAACCUCCAGCCUGAAGGUUUCACCUUUGACCUUCAGCAUCCGGAAGCCUCGCAGCAGCUCCGACUCUCAGCCACCUGACGCCUCCGCUCAGACCAGGGAGUCCAUCACCACCGAGGCCGACGUCCAGGUUUCCCCGCUGGACGGCACCGACCAGGAGGUCCCCUUCACUGAGGUCCACGCCCAGCUGGCUCCAGCCGAGCAGGAGGAGAAACAGGAGGAGGAGAUGAUGGAGGAGAUGAUGGAGGAGGAGGUGAAGGAAGGUGAUGAGGCGGCAGCAGUGGAGGCAAAUGUGUCGGUGGUUUCAGAGGGAGUCAGUCAGGAGUACACUCUGUCCUCCACUCUGCCUCAGCAGGAGGAUGGAGAGGAGGGAGGAGCACAGGAGGAGAAGGAGAGAGGAGAAGGAGGAGGACUCCUAAACUACUUCUUCAUAUUCAGAUAAACCACAAAUCUGAGACCAGAUUCAGUUCUGUACUCUGGUGAAUCCUCUUCUUGUUUUCCUCUUCUGAGUUAGACGUUAAGAUAUGAAGCUGCAGCUGUUAGCUUAGCUUAGCAUUAAGACUGGAAACAAAGGGAAACAGCUAGCUUAGCUUAGCAUAAAGAACAAAUACAGGAGACCAACUCUCAGAGGGAAAAGAAGAGAAUUUAUCUAAAUGUGGAGCUGUUCCUUUAAAGUUCAGAUUUGUUUGUGAUUGAUAGAUAUUUCUCUUUUAUUGAUAAAGCUCCACACACAGCUCAGAUAUCUGAUCAUGUGUAUUGAUCUCUUCAUAUGAAAACCAAGUUUUUUAUGACGUUGGAGAAUUUAAUUCUUCUACUGAUCUGAAACCUUGAUGAUCUUCAUUUAAAACAUUCUUUCCACAUUUACUCUUGUUUUCUGAAACAGCAGCUGACUGAUCUAACUCUGAUCACCAAUGAUCAUCUGAUCAAUAACACUAAACAUUUUAAUGACCAAUCAUUAUCCUGAUGACAUUCUAUCAAACACAGAACCUGGGGAACACUAAGGGAAACAUGGUGCUAAACAGAUCCCCGCUAUAAGGUUCUUACAGUCGACUUGAGGAUCCACUAAAGUUCCUCUAACAUCCCCUCAGGUCUCUAAAGUUCUGAGGUGCUACAGGUUCCUCUGACGUUCCACUAAGAACCUUCCAGUGUUCCUCUAACAUUCCUCUAACAUUCCACCAAUGUUCCAUGAGCAUCGUUUAAGAUUCAUCUGAGUUUCCCCUCAGGUUUUAAUUCAGCAUCCUUUAAGGUUCCAACGGCUACCAGACGUUUUCAGCAUUCCCCAAAACCACAAAGGUUCUGGCGUUCUCCUAACAUUCUCCUAAUGUUCUCCUAAGGUUCCUGUCUGGUUUUCUGUUCUAGUUCCUCUCUCAGUUCAAAUAUCUUUUCCUGCAGAUAUAAACCAUGUUCUCCUGACGUUCUCUGAUUUUCUGUCUGAAACAUUUUCUCUGAUCAAUAAAUUGAACCAGAUCAUAGAUGUCCUAAUAACUGAUUUCCAUGUAUCAAUCAAUCAGCUGAUUGACAGGUUUGGUCUCCUGCAGUUUGUGUCAGUAAAUGUUGUUUUCAUUCUUUUUUAAUCAAUAACCAUCCUGAUGUUUGUUUACUUACUUAUUAACAACACAAAGUAUUAAUAUCACCCUGAUCAAACUGAUUGAUCAGAAACAAACUGAUCAGUUUGUUGUUUUCAGUUUUAACGUCACUGAUUUUAUUUUUAUUUCAACAAAUAAUACGUUUGUGCUGCCAAAGAACAUUUCCUGUUUGACCUGUGUCACUUGUUAACCAUGACAUCACCAGGUGUGUUAUAGUUACCUGUUAACCAUGACAUCACCAGGUGUGUGACACUCACCUGAACUCUGCCUAUAAACAUUAAAACAUGUGUAACCAUG